AUGACCAGCAAUGGCCUGCGCACACAGUACCCCUACGUGGGUGACACGCUUAGUCCGCGCGCCCUUUAUGACUUUCCCUCGCCCACUUCAGUCUACCCGUCCGGCAUUGGGCUUGCCUCGCCCAGCUUCUUCCCCAUGGCCUACCAGAUCUCACCUCGGUUCGGAGCAAGUGCCUUUAUUCCCCCCGCAGACGUCUUUGUAGACACCCGACGAGAAACAGUGCGCGAGAAUGGCGUGUAUACGCCACGAAACUCGCGCAAACGAAACUCCCAGGCCCUGGAAACCGACCCCGUGGCCAUGCAUCUGCUGGUCGAGACGGCCAUUGGAGACAGCCAGCACUUUGAUAUCUUGACAGUGGAAGAGGUGGAUGCGCUGAAGCAGGAACAAAAGGCUUUGGAUACGCGUUUGGGGACAGUGAGGCGGAAGCUCGAGUCUGAGACCAAGAUCCGCGAUGCGACACGGUCCCUGGGCCGACUGGCCUCAAAAAAGGGCAAGGGACAUAAGCGAGGCCUCAGCAGUAAGAACAGCAACCCGGUCCAGGAGUACGACGCCGAGGAACUCGAAGGUCUUGAAUCUAGCAACAAGAAGGUGGAGGAAUUUAUCCGCGAGUGCCUGGAGAUUGAGUCUCGCAUGCGCAUGAUAGAUAUGCAGCUGCUGAUGCAUACCGCCGCCGUUCUCCAGCUUACGCACAAGGGCCCGAAGCAAAACAAGGACGACUCGGAAAUACGAGAAGACGGCUUUCGCAGGCCCGACAGUCCGGCCAGUCUGAACACGUACGAGGAUGCCCGACUCAAGGGCAUCCGUGCAGACGAAUUUGACGAAAGAAGCUUGUACAGAUCGCCGGAGAACCUGGACAACCUUAUGAAUGUGCUGCAGAACGGAACACACCACCAGACGUCUUCUGCAGACCGACCAGACCGACCAGACCAAGCCUUGAUUUCAACUGCCACCCGGCUGCAAGAGUUGAACGAGCGCCUGAGAACGCUCAUUAUUGAAGCCAACCCCGAGCGGGACCAGGACUACUCUCUACCCCCGCUGGCACUCGAAGGAACGCCAGAUGCUUCUACGCUGGAUCGUCAGCUCGAAUUUUUGGAUCAAGGCCUCCGCAGUAUCAGCGCCGAACAGGCAAACAUGCGCACCAAUGCAAGACAUGCACUAAGCGAGGUAGAGGGCCGUCUUGAGGGUAUCAACAAUCAACUAUACACCGUCGUCUCCCGAUCAGACCAACGAACAGAAAAGAUCGCCCCUCCACCAGCAAUCACCGGCUCAGGCUCGACCGAGCAGCUCAACUACAUGGAGAACACAGUCUAUACUCUUGAGCAGAUGCAGUACGCUAUUGACGAGCAGAUCAACCAGCUCCGCUCCAGAGCCGUGCCCGUGAGCGAUUCGGAGAGUGCGGAAUUGGCCGAGAAAUACGAAAACACCAUGCGGGGCCUGUGGGACAUGAUUCUAAAGGGCGAGGCACAAGCGCGUGAACGGAAGCGCGAACGACGCCGACUAAUGGAAGAAGACCCAGACGCCGAGGAGCAGCUGUCACCAGACGAGGAUGCCAACGCCAACGAAUCAUACUCGUUGCUUGCUUUCUCCUCCAAGGUGCAGAUGCUGUUCAGCCGUGCCACCAACCUUAAAGAAAAGCAGUCGGUCCUUAUGCGCCAGAUCAAGCAGCAGCGUGAGCUCAACAGCAAGUCUGAUGCGCAGAAAGAAGCCGAAUUCGAGCGACUCAACACACAAGUGCUCAGUGCGAGAUCUGAGAAGAAGACCAUGGAAGAGGAGCUGGACCGGGCGAUCAGUCAACUGCAGCAAUUCGACGGAGCAAAGAUUAACGUUGAGGCGCAGAUCUUGCGUGACACUCAGGAACGCAACGCCGGUCUUGAAGCCCAGCUUAUCAACGUACAAGAGCGGGUCAUGGCAUUCGAAAAGGACUUGAAAGAAGCCAAGCAGCGUGCUAUUGCCUAUGAAGAGCAACUCAAGGACGUGCAGAAGCAAGCUGUCAGCUACCAGAGCCAAAUGCAAGAAGCUGAAAAACGCGCUGCGGCAUACGAGGAAGAACUAAAGGAGCAUCAAGAACGCCACAGCACGUACAAUGUCUCAUCACAAGAGGCAGAUCAACGUAUUGCCGGGUACGAGGCUCAGGUUCGGGAUGCUCAGGAACGAGCUCUCAUGCUAGAGUCUAAGCUGAGGGAAGCCCAAGAUACUGCUCGAGUGGAAGGAGCAGCCAUACAAGCCGAGCUCGCAGCAGCUACUGAGAAGAUUGCACAAACCACGGCGACUCUCAUGGCUAUAACAGAAGCAAAGCAAGCAGCAGAGGCACGUUCGUUGGAUGCUACCAACAUGCUCAACGCCAAGGAGGAAGAGUUCCGCAAUCUCGAAGGCGAAAUUGUCCGUCUGACAACCGAGCUCACCUUUGCCAAAGCAGAACUCGAUGGUGCUUACGGUACCCGCGCCCAACGCGCCGCAGACGCCGGAUCAAAUCCAGCCAUUAAGAAGGAGCUGGAUGAACUCAGCGAGCAAAACAAAGCCCUCUUAGGCGAACUAGAAGCUCUCCGUAAAGUUCAAGACGUGGCUUCUCAAUCCGAAGCCGAAGCUCGCCGAUCAGAGCGUAAUCUCAAAGCCGAACUCUCCGGCAUGGCCGCCGAAUACGAAGCCCUCACCCGCGACGCCAUCCAAAACGAAAAGGACCGAGACACCCUCGAGUCCCAAAUCGACAAACUACGCGACGAAAAGGAGGCCCUGGAACGCGACCUCAGCGAUGAGAAAGUCAAAUGGCUCGGCGUCAGGAGUCCGGGUAUGCCUAAUGGCGGUGCGCAGUUUGACAUGGGCGCGACUAGUAUUCGCAUGUUGAGAGAAGACUUCCGCAAGAUGAUGAGAGAUCGGACUGCGGAGGGUCUGAAAGCACUGAGGAAGAACGACGCAAACUCGAAGCUGUGGUCCGCCAGUUACGCAAAGACGCUAUUCCGCAACGCUCCAAUCUUUCUAGGACUAUGA